AUGGCAGGCGGCGUCAAGAAACCCGUCAACGUAUUCAAGUUGAAGAACCUGGGCGAGCCGGAGGGCUGCUUUAACUGGCGUCUCUGGUUCGCCGUGGUAUCCUUCGGCAUCCUCGGCGCGGCCAGAGGUGUCGACGAGGGCCUUAUCACGGGUGCAUUCAACACUAAGGAUUUCAAAAGCAGGAUCAACUAUGACUCCUACUCGGAUGCUGAGAGGGCCGACAUCAAGGCCAACGUCUCGGCCAUGGUCCAAAUCGGCUCUGUUGCUGGUGCUCUGAUCGCCUUCGCGAUAUGUGACCGCAUCGGUCGUCUUUGGGCUACCCGCAUCCUUUGCGCGACUUGGGCGGCUGGCAUCGCCAUCUUCAUGGGCGGUGCUGCUCGCGGCAGUCUCGGUGCCAUCUAUGCCGGCCGAUUCAUCGCCGGCAUAGGUGUCGGCCAGACGCCUGUUGUUGGACCGGUAUACAUCGCCGAGGUUGCUCCAGCGGCCAUUCGAGGCCUCUGCACCUGCAUCUUCACUGGAGCCGUCUACCUGGGUAUCGUCCUCGCCUUCUUCGCCAACUACGGAGCUUCUCGACACAUAAGUGCAGACUCGUACGACACAUGGAUGGUGCCUAGUAGCCUGCACCUAAUGUUCUCCGGCAUUAUCUUCAUCCUCAGCUUCUUUCAGUGCGAAUCCCCUCGAUUCUUCGUCAAGCAGGGUAAGCCGGAGGAGGCCGCGCGAGUCCUAGGCUACCUUCGCCAGCAAGACCCCCACGGGGAGUACAUCACUAGAAACAUUGCCGUCAUGCAGGCGGCGCUCGACGAGGAGCUCGAGGCCACCAGGGGAACCAGCUGGUCGGCCGUACUAAAGGAGCUGCUCCUCGACAAGAGCAAUCUCUACCGCCUCUACCUUACCACCUCCAUCCAGUUCCUUUCUCAAUGGUCCGGCGCCGGCUCCAUCACCCUCUACGCCCCUGACCUCUUCGCGCUAGUAGGCGUUGAGGGCGAGGAGGAAGGUCUCCUGAUUACCGCUGUCUUCGGCAUCGUCAAGCUCGUCGCUGCUGUUUCUUGCGCCCUCUUCCUCGUCGACGUCAUCGGUCGUAAGCGAUCCCUACUCCUAGGCAUCACCCUCCAGACCAUAUCCAUGGUCUACGUUGCGAGCUUCUUCACCAGCGCUCCUAGGCUCGGCGUCGACGAUGAGUACGAAAUGCCGCAUUCGUUUGAAGGCCCCAGCAAAGGCGCGAUCGCCAUGAUCUACAUCUCUGGCUUCGGCUGGGCUCUCGGCUGGAACUCAAUGCAGUAUCUGCUCACUGCGGAAUUGUUCCCUCUGCGAGUCCGUGCCUUGGCCACGUCCUGGGCCAUGACGCUGCAUUUCGCCAACCAGUACGGCAACUCCCGUGCCGUCCCCAACAUGCUUCUCCCUCCCCACGACGGUGGCAUAUCGCCCAAGGGAACCUUUUGGUGUUUCGCUGCUGUUACCUUCGUGGGAGGCCUUUGGGUGUGGUUCUUCGUGCCCGAGACUAGUGGCCGCUCCCUUGAGAGUAUGAACCGACUCUUCGAGCUGCCGUGGUAUCGGAUUGGGCUUCAUGGUAACAAGGAUGCAGAAGAGAGGGACAACCAGAUCAUGGGCGAGAAGAUGGCGAUGGAAGAGCUGCAGCCUCAAGCCAGCCGCGUGUGA